AUGCGCCCGCCCCAUCCGUCGGUCGAUGCGGACAAUGAACCGCUCUCUACGAUCAAUGUGUCGGCCAUUGUCGACGUCCGGCAGCCUAUGGGAAGUAUGAGUCUCAGUCCUACACACCAGGAAGUUGUCCUGGGCUCCAAGGCCGGUCUUUACGUGAUCCACUUGGACAAUUUAUACUCACCGCCUCGUUUCUUGGCGCAUACUACGGCAUGGGAAGUGGCUGACAUUCAAUGGAAUCCACACCUGGCACGUCGCGAGUGGAUUGCCAGUACGUCCAAUCACAAGCUGGUGAUCUGGAAUAUGCAUCGCUCCGAGGCCCCCACGGCGCCUAAACCCGAGCCAUCUAUCUCAGCAAGCAUUCAUGCAAGCCUGCAAAUGGACAUGGCGCGGUCCAUGUCGCCCUUCUCGCCGACAAACUCGGUGGGCCGCAACUCCUCGAUGCUGGCCUCGCAUAUGCUCGGAAGCGAUACGUCGGUGAUGCGAUUGACCAACAUGAGCCUGCCUUCCCAGCCUACGCAGUCGUCCAGUGCUGUAGAAUACUUCCUCGAUGCGCAUACGCGGGCGAUUACCGACUUGAAUUGGUCGCCGUUCCAUCCGUCCAUAUUGGCCAGCUGCAGCUUGGAUACGUGGACGCGUGUAUGGGAUCUGCGUAUGGGCCCGCAUCACUCGCAACGGCCAGCGCAGGCGUACAGUGCAUGGAAUGCAGGUAUGACGCAAGUCAAGUGGAAUCGGCUAACGGAGCAUCGAAUUGCUGCGACCUGUGAUAACAAAGUGCUGGUGUGGGACGACCGAUUCGGCGCUGUGCCCUUUGCCACGCUGGAGACGCACCACAGCAAAGUGUACGGCCUUGCAUGGCACUGGGAAACGGAGCAUGGCGGCGACGAAAUGCUCACAUGCUCGCUCGACGGCACCAUCAAGGCCUGGGAUCUGAGCUCAGAUACGUCACGCUCGGCCUUGGCCAACCAUGCGCGCAUUACGCAGCCCGAGUACACCAUUGAUACCCCGCAGCCAGUAUGGCGUGCACGGUACCUGCCGUUUGGGCAGGGCAUCAUGUCGGUCGCCCAGCGUGGCGACGCAGCGCCAUGCAUCUACAGGUCCGGCGAAAGCACGCCAUGGCACCGAUUUCAAGGGCACACGGAUGUCGUGAAAGAGUUCCUUUUCCGCUCGGAGGGCAACCCAGACGCGACCUUCGAUGAUCGCCGAUUCCAACUGCUUACAUGGAGUCAGGACCAAACGCUGCGUCUGUGGCCCCUCUCAGACGAGCUGCUACGCUCCGCUGGGUUUGUACGAGGCGCGCCUGCGCCUGCGCCGUCGAGUGGACCGACGUACGAAACACCAUUGCCGGUCAAUGCACUUCGAGCGGAGCCGUCGUACUCGACCUCGGCCAAGGCGCUGGGCCACUCGCCCAGCUCGAACAGCGUAGACGAGGCCAGUCUUCCUGGCUCGUUUGAGAAGCCUGGCUCGCUGCAUUCGCUGCCUUUGUCCUCGAGCGACGAAGCGAACGUCCAAGGCGCCAUGCCACGCUCGCUCCCUGCGCCUCGCGUUCUCAUGCCGCGCCCGUCACCACGCCGCCGCCGCGCUCCGCCCACCGAAGUAGGCGCGAAGCAUGGCCCACAAAUGCGAUAUACCCAGGACGACGCGACAACGGCGACCAUCGAUGCAGUCCAAUGGAUGGCACAGGUACGUGUAGGCCACACGGCGCCGGCCAGUGAUGGCGACGUCUCGAUGACCGACUCGGUGAAGAGCAUUGGACGACAUGUGGAUACCAGCGUACUGCCGCAAGAGAUGCUACAUGUCAGCUAUGCGUACCCGUACGUGCUCGAGUCGGUGGACAUUGCGCGGCGGCGAUGCACAGUCGCGGUAAGCGGGCCGUGGCAUGAUCAAGGUGCCGGCGCGUUGGCGUACCUACGCGUGAUGUUCACUUUCCCCACGGCCUAUCCACAUGAGCCGCCAGCGAUUGAAAUUGAACGCAAUGCGAGCAUUCCUUUCAAGACACGCGUGGAUUUGUACCGCUCCCUGGUAGACUUGAUUGAGGAGAAAGCUGCCCAUCAUGCUCUCUGCCUGGAGGCAUGUGUCGACUUUCUCUUGCAUGGCAGCCAAGUCCUGGAGGAACAGGCCUCGGAGCCUGCCACAGCACCUGAGCCGAUCCAGCCCAUCCAUGAUACGAUGUUUGCCAAGUCGUACCAUGCCGUUGCGGAUGCCGUAUUGCAACUUGCCCUGCGCUCCGAUAUGGCCAACACGGCGCUGGCGGACUCGGACGUCGUGCAGCUGCUCAGUACCAAUGUCCUGAACCGCGCUCACUAUGGCCACACUACGUCGUCCUUAGACCGCUCCUAG